AAUAAUUCUUUCUGGAAGAAAUGCAUAUCAAAAAAUAUACUAAAUUUAUUGAAGAAAUACGCAUUGCAAAAUACUGAUUCGGAGCAGACGUUUUAUCUAUUAAAUUAAAAUGUAUUUAGUCCGACUUCUUAUCGCGAUAAUAAAUUUCCACAAAUAAUUAUUACAUUUUAUGUUAAAUAUAUUUUGAUUGUCUAUAGAAUAACGUUUGUCACGUGCUUUAUGAAACAUAUGAGAUAAAAGAAGGUAUAUUUAGAAGAAUAAUUUGUAAAACACGAAAAGAUCGUAUUCUAGAAUUAAACUUGUCAUACAUUCUGUUAUAUUCUAUUCUUAAAAAGAGAUAAAAAUGUGCCUGAUGGUACCGAAUGUGAUUAGAAAUCGUAAACGGACCGGUGUAUUUUCUCUUGAUCCCACCGUGUUUAAGGUUAAACUCGAUUCCCGUUUAGUCGGCAUGCAAAUCGCGUUCGACGUUGAAAAUGAAAGCCGCCCUCGCAGGUCAGGUACGCGAUGAGAAUACGACUGUCAGAAUAAUUUGAAAGUCAUAAUAUCUACGAGAAGAACACGCGAGACGACCGUCUUUUAUCUCGCGCGUAUCGCCGUUCGUCGUUGGUGGCGUUUUUCGACAAGGCGGUGUAGUCACGCGGCAGAUGCGAGCUUUCGUCGGCGACCGGUUAUAACGACACGGAGCACCCUGAGAGAGUGAGAGAGAGAGAGAGAGAGAGAGAGAGAGAGAGAGAGAGAGAGAGAGAGAGAGAGAUCUUUAAUGGCUCGCUCGUAAAACCAGAUCUCGACGCGUCGGGAGUUUCUUUGAGUAAGGUUUACUAUUGUAAACCGCCGACGGCUUUUUCGUUAGAUUUUAACCGGAAGCGGCAUUAAUUGCACGCAGCAGGAGAGGAAACGCGAAUUUCCCAGAUACGAUCUCGUGAAUUUGUGUCACGCUUUACCCGACGCGAGCCCGUCAUUUUCUUUUCAGCCGAAUGAACUUUUUAACCCGUCGUCCGAAGGAGAGACACGAAAAUAUCCAUCGCGUCGCGACAUUUCGCUCGUCGUUUCUCGUCGCGCCUCGUUUGCGAAUCGCUCGCCCAAUUUAUUCGUUCGAGCCGAGCAUUAUUUCGAGCGCGAAUCGAAGCCGUUCGAAGCUUGUGUAAGUGGAACGGAUAUCCGCGUCGCGCGCCGUCGAAAGCGUGGUUCGGCAAAGAGGAAAGAGAGUGAAGAAACGGGAGAGGAGAGCUUCCCCAGAGAGUUGGCGUGUUCCGCUUCUUAAUUACGGUUUCAUCGUGCGCGUUGCCGCCUCUCUUCCAUUCAUCGCGGAUUUUUCUCGUGGGCGAGCGCGCCUUUAUAGCGGCCUUGUUAAUGCCCCGCGUUUGAUACAAUUUAAACUCACGCCGGCUUUUGAUUGUUUGAAAUAUAAUCUAACGGUACAUCAUGCGCGCGCGAGCAAUGAAUUCCGGAAGCUCUGUCGAUGCCCGGUAUAAAUGCGAAUAGAGAAGUCGAUAGCUUUGGCCACAUUUGUAAAGAUCGCGGGUCAAUGUACGGAUAAGCUCACGACAAACGACCGGCUAGUAUUUUCAUAGCGGUUCAGAGAAGUACCAUGUAUAUGAUACGCUGGAAAAUGGUAUAAAUUCACAUGGUUGCUACAAACUACAUGCUUUAACAGUCGGGAUGACACAACGCGUCGGACGGAAAGAGCGAUUCUUAGAGGAAAGUCGCCAAGAGAAAAAAUACCGUUGAGCGAGCAGCUUAAUCUAAUUGGAAGCAUCUUGUUAAUUCAAUAGCUAUGUUAAUUAAACAAAAAGAUUAAAUGUAAAUACAAUAACAUACAUGGAUAAGUUAACAAAUUUGGAUGCAACUUUUCUCUACGGUCUGCAAAAAAAUGUUGACAGAUUCAUUUGGAAGCAACGUUCACGAAGCAACGUUAUAUUUCAAUAAGUGUAAUAUAGAAAAUGAUCGAAAUACGACUUCACUCAUCCGCACGUGUCGCCGUCGGUUCGUCAAGGUCGUGUCGCGAUCUCAAGAUAGCCGCCAGCAUUAUUUUCAUUUCGUCCCCUAGGUAGCUAGAGUUCUCGGAAGCCGCGCGGCGGUUUCAGACGCCCUUCAGCGUGUAUACAGCGGCUUCAACGAGCACGUUUCGCUCGCGUGAUAAAUAAUACGUGACCCCACAACCCUCGUGAAUUUUCUCUAUCGCGACUACUCCCAUCCCCUUCCCGAGUCAGAGUCCCGCGCGAUCUAGAACAGAGGGUGAGCCGAACGCUCUAGUAGCGAAGCGUGGUCGACCGAACGUCGGUCGCCGUGCUGCGCGUGUCAUCGUGGUUCCGUAGUUCCGUUUUUCCUUCCGAGUCUCAUGUUUCGUCGCGCGGUUCGCAGCAACCGCGCGAUUCGUUUCGGAUGAAACAAACAAACAAACGCGAUCCGCGCGGGCGCGAAGACGCGGGAAGGAGAGAAGGCGAGGAGGAGGGGACGGCGGUGUGAGAGUGUUACGUUUUUCUUCGCAGUGGACGCACGUGCGUCGAAGCGCACGUGUGGCGGAUGGACCCUCUCGCGUCUCAUGGUGUUCGGUAUCGCGUCGCGCAGUGAUGUAAACAAUGAUGUCGACAAACGGCCGCGAGUUGUUGUUGACGCAGCGUCGUGGUGGUAGCGGUGUGUAAAGGACAUUGCCAUCGCGAGACGUGGUGCCGUACGGAAAGCAGCGGAAAGAGAGAGAGAGAGAGAGACACGCAUGCGGCGCGGGACCCGAGUAUGGUGUAAGAGAAGCAAUCGGACGGCUUGGGCUGCAGGGAUCAUGGAGUUCGAGCUGGACGGCAGCCUCAAGGAAUGGGCGAAGGACAAGCCCCUGAGCAUCCUGCAGCUCGAUCCUGCCGACCGGGCCGUGUUGCGAAUCGCUGGUUUUCCAUCCUCGUGUUGUCACUGACAGGAGUACAACGACGACGACGACAACGACGACGAGUCUCGGGCGUUUUUUGAGAAUUCACAAAGUGCCAUAUAAGAGGUCGAGGGCAAUAUAAAACGACUCUCGCAUUUGCAUACGCGGCGCGCAGCCGAUUGGAAUUCGAAGGUGAGGGAAUCCUUGGCCGAUUCCCCGAACGACGGGAGGGUCCGAGAAAACCGAUCGCGUUCCAGCCGAAGCUGGUGCACGUCGUGGUAAACACAACGACGGAUAAUCGGUAGAUGCCACGGGAAUUCGCGCGACGCGCAUUCCGCCACGUUGUCGAUAAAAACGCGAAAUUAUUCAACGAACGAUCGAGUUGAAAAACUCGAAAGAGCUCCACUCCGACUCGAGAGAGAAAGUAAAAGAUAAAGAAAAUUUGCGAAAAUGUGAGAGAGAUAUAUUCGCGCGACUGGGAGCCAACGAACAAGCGUGUCCAGGCACACCUUGGAGAGACCGCGAUUUCUACGAACGCAGACGUCGAAUGGUGAACGUGAUUUAAACGCGGAAUAAGCGAACUAAUCGAGCCCUGCCGCCGGCUGGUGUCAGGGCGGCGGAGAACGGUGUCGGUUCCGCGUUCUCGUGUCGUGAAGUGUGUCAUGAUAGUUCGCGCGUGAGCCGGGCAUGAACGUUGAAACCUGCACCCUCUACUUCGCUGGGACGGCCCGGGGCCCGGAGAAGGACAGGAUGUCGACCCAGGCUUACUACAAGGAUCGGCUCGGUUUCGAUCCGGCGGAUACUGUCGCCGAGCAUCAGCGCGAGCAGCGUUCCCAGCACGGUUACGAGGAGUCGCUCUCCAAAUUUAAAGGUCAGAAUGCGAACGGAUUUCCGGAGGAGGCUCCGGGAUGCAAUGGCGAGCUCGUGGAACAUCGCGCCGGCAACACUCAGGCUUUCUGGGGCUGCUGGGCGAUGUUCAUUGAGGCGCACGACGAACGAGACGCUAUACAGAAGAAGACCUUCACGAAGUGGGUGAACAAGCAUUUGAAAAAGCACUGGAAAUACGUCAAGACUUACACGUGCCUACACGUGUGCGUCCUUGUGAACAACCAACCAUGCUGUUCCCCCACCGCGAGCAGACAUGUCGGGGACCUGUUCGAGGAUCUACGCGACGGCCACAAUCUCAUCUCCUUGCUGGAAGUGCUCACCGGCGAGCCCUUUCCGCGGGAGAGGGGACGAAUGCGCUUUCACAUGCUGCAGAACGUGCAGAUGGCCCUCGAUUUUUUACGAUACAAGAAAAUCAAGCUGGUCAACAUCCGGGCGGAGGACAUCGUGGACGGUAACCCGAAGCUCACGCUUGGCCUGAUAUGGACCAUUAUCUUACACUUCCAGAGCUGGCGACGCAAGAUUUCGGACAUAGUGGUCGGUCAGGAACCGAAUGUAACGGCACGCGAGGCCUUGCUACGAUGGGCCCGACGAUCAACCGCCCGAUAUCCCGGUGUACGGGUGACCGAUUUUACCUGUUCCUGGAGGGACGGUCUGGCUUUCAGCGCUCUUCUCCACAGGAAUCGGCCAGACCUGGUCGACUGGAGAUCCGCGCGUUCGAGCCAGCCGCGAGAACGGCUCGAUCGGGUCUUCUUCGUCGCCGAGCGCGAGUACGGUGUUACGAGGCUUCUCGAUCCAGAAGAUGUUGAUACCCCCGAACCGGACGAGAAGUCUUUGAUAACGUACAUUUCUUCGCUCUACGACGUGUUCCCGGAGCCGCCGGCCAUUCACCCUCUAUACGAUGCCGAGGCGCAAAGACGGUCCGCGGAAUAUCGCGAGCUUGCGAGCUCGCUUCAUAUGUGGAUUCGCGAGAAGAUGGCUCUCAUGCAAGAGCGUUCCUUCCCGCCGACCCUGAUCGAGAUGAAAAAACUGGCGGCGGAUAGUACGAAGUUCAAGAACGAGGAGGUGCCGCUACGAUACAGGGACAAACAGAAAUUGACACACAUUUUCCGAGACCUGCAAAAGUACUUUGAAGCGGUGGGCGAAGUGGACAUAGAGCCGGAAUUACAUAUUGACGUUAUCGAUAAGAACUGGAAUCGCAUGAUGAUGUUGCAUCAGGAGCGCGAGCAGGCUAUCAUAGACGAAAUUAAACGACUCGAGCGACUACAACGACUCGCCGAGAAAGUGCAUCGCGAGAUGAAAACGACCGACAACAGACUGGAGGAACUCGAGAGACGUGUAGAGGAUGAGGCACGUAGGCUCGAUCGCCUUCAUCCUCUGGAGGCGAAGCACGGGGUGGAUCUACUGGAACAAGAUAUACGCAACACGGAAACGCAGAUACAGAAUAUAUUCACUGAUGUACACACUCUUACGGAGGGUAGAUAUAGUCAGGCUCCCGAACUUCACAAAAGAGUGCAGAAAUUGCAUCAAAGAUGGGUCGUGCUGCGAUCUCUCCUGCAUAGGCGUCUGGUACAACCGCUCUCUCUAGUUUCCUUCCCUGUAGAGGAACGCGUUGUCACGAAACACCGCACUACCGUCCACGAAACACGAUUGGUUGAUACAAACCCACACUUCCGCGCGUUGCACGACUGCAUAGAUUGGUGUAAGAGCAAAUUGAAGCAACUACAAGAAGCGGAUUACGGAUCGGACUUGAUCAGUGUGCAAAAGGAAGUGGAGCAAUUUCAGCCAGAGCACAAGAACAUCAAUCAAUUCCAAGCCAAAGUUGACAAGUGCGUGCAAGCGAAGAACAAUUUCCAUGGCGAGGAACUCACGUUGUACAGUCAGCAUCUUAGCACUCUGCAGAAGCUCUAUGCUGAGCUUCUUGCCGUAUCGCAUAAGAGGCUUUCUGAUUUGGAUACCCUGCAUGAUUUCAUACAAUCGGCUAACGGCGAGUUAGCUUGGUUGCACGCAAAGGAAGAUAUAGAAGUCACGCGCGAUUGGAGCGAUAAGAACCUCAAUGUGAAGAGCAUCGAACAAUAUUUCGGGCAAACAUAUGGAUCUGGUAUAGAGUCUUUAAUGAGUGAUAUGGAGAAACGCGAGAUACAAUUUUUGGCAGUGCAAGAUCGCGGUGAGGCGUUAGUUCUUCAACAACAUCCUGCAACGAAAACAAUCGAAAAUCACAUGUCCGUUAUGCAAACUCAUUGGGCCUGGUUACUGCAACUUACUCACUGCCUCGAGGUGCAUCUAAGAGAUGCCGCGCAAAACCAACAAUUCUUUAAAGACAUUCAGCAAGCCGAACAGUGGAUCUCCAAACGGGACGAAAUGCUGAAUACCACUUUCUCGCAAUCCGAUUUUUCAUUAGACGAAGGAGAGCGACUUAUGAAGGACAUGCAAGAGUUACGCGAGGAACUUAAUAAUUACGGUGAUCACGUGCAGAGACUUGUAGAGAGGGCAAAGGACAUCGUCCCCAUGAAGCAACGCAAACAGCCUGUCAUGCGACCAUUACAAGUCACUUGUAUCUGUACCUACAAGCAAGUCGAUAUAUCCAUCGAGAAGGGAGAACAGUGCACGUUGUAUGAUAAUUCCGGCAGAGUUAGGUGGCGCGUCAAGAACACGCAGGGAGUGGAAUCUCCUGUGCCGGGUGUCUGCUUCGCGCUGCAACCUCCUGACAAGGAAGCACUGGAUGCUGCGGAAAGAUUGAGACGACAGUAUGACAGAAGUGUUGCUCUCUGGCAACGAAAACAAUUGAGACUAAGGCAAAACAUGAUAUUCGCGACUAUCAAGGUGGUCAAAGGUUGGGAUCUACCAUAUUUCUUGGCGAUGGGACAGGAUCAACGUACCACCAUCAGAAAAGCGUUGAACGAAGAUGCGGACAAGUUGCUAUCCGAGGGCGAUCCGGCGGAUCCGCAACUCAGGAGAUUGAAACGAGAGAUGGCAGACGUUAAUCGAUUGUUCGACGAUUUCGAAAAGCGCGCCAGAGCCGAGGAAGAAUCAAAGAAUGCCGGACGUAUUUUCAACGAUCAAGCGUCUUCGCUUCAGCAGGCACUCGACGAGGCCGAGCGAAUAUUGAACACGCGCAUAGCUGCACCUUUACCGAGAGAUCUCGACAGCUUAGAACACAUGGUGUUGCAGCAUAAAGACUUCGAGCAGAAUUUGCAACUCUUGGCACCAGAUGUGGAACAAAUGCAACAAACAUUCCGUGGAAUCACCCUGAAGACUCCAGCGAUGAGAAAUAAACUCGAUAAUAUCACGAGCAAAUGGGGUCAUCUGUGGAACCUAAGCAGCUUGUAUGUCGAGCGUUUGAAAUGCAUUGAGAUUUUGUUGUCCAGCCUUGAGGAAAACACGGCAGUGAUUUCCGAAUUUGAAAUUAAAUUGGCCUCUUUUGGCGAGUUACCAUCGGACGUGAAAGGCUUGCAAAGCGUGUUGGAGGAUCUGAUGGUUCUUCAAAACGCUAUCGCGCAGCAACAAGUGUUGGUAGAUCAAAUGAACGAAGAUGCGCAUAAUGCCAGGCGUCUCGUGGAAAAAUCGAGACCGAAUCAUCGUGGCCCGCACGGCGACAUGGACAGAUUGGACGCUGAAGUCAACAAACUAAACGCACGAUGGACGAACGUCUGUGGACAGCUGGUCGACAUACUGCGCAGCGCUGAAACGGCCUACGGAUUGGCACAGCAAUAUCAGAAUUCUUAUCAGAAUGAGGUGGACUUCGUCGACGAUUCCUACCAAAAAUUAGAUCUGGAAAAUACGAAGAAUCUGUUGAGCAAGGUGUUGGAUCACACGUCGGCAAUCGAGGCGGUGAAUAUUACGGGCGGUAGACUGAUUCGUGAAGGAAAGAUCUACGGGCAAAGGCUCCGAGCGUUCAAAGAACAAUUGGAAGAUAUCUGCCCCUCGUUGGACGCAUCGGUGAAGAGGCCGCGGAGAGAUUCCGUUAUUACGGUCGAUAAUGUUGCGCGCGAUCUAGAUACCUUGAACCGGAGAUACACGACCCUCGUGAAACUUCUUGAGGAGCGAGUCAAGCAGCUGGCACUACUACAUCCCGAGGACACUUCCCUACAGCGUGUUCUUCAAGAACAAAGGCCGCUGCGGACAUUCCGCACGGAGUUCAACAUAUAUGAAAGCACUACUAGCGAGGAGCGUUAUACAUCCACGACUACACACUAUACCCAGUCGCAAUACACCUCCGAGAGGCAUGAGUCCACCGAGACGACUUACUCAAGCGAAAUCUCAAAGCGAAGUUACAAUGCGGAGCAGGCCGGGUAUCGUCCUAAUGGCGAAACCACCAGCCCGGGGGCUGUUCCACCUAUCGGCGCCGGUGGUACCAUGCUCAAGCGCUCGUUCGAGAGCGAUACGACGAGCUCCAACAGGCGACAUCAGCAGCAGCACGAAUUCUCGUCCGUCGUGGACGGCGGAUUUAGUAGCGAGUUUAGGGAUCUUGGGAGGGUACCGCGAGUCGACGACGGGGGUGUUAUCGGGACGGAGAAUGUGAUUGACGUUAGGGGUAUCGUAGAUCCGAGCACCGGCGAGAUCCUGACCGUGGGCGAGGCGAUUCGGCUCAGGAUUCUCGACGUUAGGAACGGUAGGAUAGUGACGUCGAGCGACGGCAGGACGAGCGUGUCGAUUGAGGAGGCCGCUCGCGACGGUAUCAUCGACGCGGCGCUGGCCGAUCGGCUGUUAGGUCCAUGCGGGGUGAACGAGGAGGGUCGUCGGGUAUCUCUACUUGAGGCGAUCCAGCGGGAGCUCUGCGACGCCGAGCGAGCCGACAUUGCGGACCGAGUUAAGGUAACGACAGCACGUCGCGACGAUGGUGGCGGAAAUAACGCCGCCACCACGGGAUUUAGCGUUGUCGAUGCGAUGAGAGAGGGCUUGUUGGAUCCGAUCACAGGAGAGGUCAUCGCUGAGAACGGCGAGCGAAUUUCAAUCGAGGAAGCGUAUUCGCGCGGUUAUCUUACUAAGGUGGAUGUGACCGUUAGGGUGACUCGUAAUGCCACUGCGCUUUCUGACGCAAUAUCACAGGGUCUCGUGGAUGAUCGGACCGGCCGCGUCAUCGAUAGGAUUACCGGCGAGUCUUAUUUGUUGGACGAGGCUGUUGACAAGGGUAUUAUUGAUCCGAAUGUAAAAGAGAUUGUAGACACGAGGAACGAUAGCAAGCUAACGGUGACCGAGGCCAUGAACCGCGGUGUAGUGAAUGCCAAGAGCGGCAGAUACAUGCACGGUAUGUCGAUGGAAAAGCUGCCGUUUAAGGAAGCUCGUCGUCGGCAGCUGAUCAUCAAACCAAUGACGCUCAAGGACUGUUGCGAUCUGGAAAUCAUCGACGACAAAGGCAAGAUAGUCAGUCCGGCACACCGUAGCAAAUUAACGAUACUGGAGGCUAUAGCCCGUGGCGUUUUAGACUCUGAAAACGUCAAGUCCGUAGUAGAUACUCGAACCGGCGAAAUGGUUACUCUAGCCGAUGCCUUAACCAGUGGAAUAAUAAAGGUCGACGGUACGUAUCGCGACAUGUUGAAGGCCGAAGAGUUUCCUAUUCCUCAGGCUGUCGAAAAAGGCCUGAUUACAUCGGUUACCCAAAAGAGUAUCUUCGAUAUCGACGGCUUCAAGGAUCCGGUUUCCGGCGAGUACAUCAGUCUUAACGCGGCAUUGCUGAAAGGUUUGAUCAGUUCAAAGUCCGGCGGUACCUUCACGAUCGACUUGAACACCGGGAAAACCGUUUCGCUGAGCGAAGCGGAGGAACAAGGUUAUAUCAGGCCGGAAGUAUUAGAGAUGCUGAAUCGCGGCAUCGGCAUUAUCGAGAAUGGACGUGAGACAAGCGUUUUGGAAGCCGUGCUGCUUGGAUUGUUAGAUCCGAAGUCUGGUCAAUUAUUGGAUCCGCGUACCAAGAGAAUAGUGCCUUUGGAGGAAGCGAUUAAACGAGGACUCAUUACUCCCGACGGUGCCGCUCUGCUCACUAGUUUGCUAAAUAUUGCGGUCACUACGCAGACAGUUACAAAGACCGUCAAAAGAUACGUAACGACUCUGCAAACUGGCGAGGUUGUUACAAGAGAUUACAAGAUUAGUUACGAUGAAGCGUUAUGCAGCGGCUUGAUCGACGAAAGUAGAAAUGAAUUUAAAGAUCCUGAUUCGGGAGUAACGAUGUCCAUUGAAGAUGCCUUUGAGCAAAACUUGCUCGGAGAUGACGUUCGUCAACGUGUUGUGCACUCGCGAGAGCGUACUCCGGAUUCAUCUCAAACAACAUUUGAAAGCACUUUAACGACAAGUAUCGGUGAAGUACCUAGAAGUAGAAGAAGCGAAUCGCCACCUAGAGCGAUUGGCACAGUUACUACUAUUAUUACUAAAGAAAUUACUCCGCGAGCAUCAUCCACGCCGACGAAAGAGUCGUCUUCGGUUACGAUGACGAUCGCACCAUCGACGACGACUGAUUCUUCUACGCGAGAUUCAAUGUUUAAAGAGAUCUCGUCAUCGACAAAAGUUUGCGAAUCGACUAAAUGGACGUCAGAAAUAACAUCGAAAACAAGUUCGUUCGACGAAACACAUGCAGUAAGUCACGAUCUUAAAUUACCUUUGCGUGAUGAAAAAGAUAUAGAAACAGAAGUAAUCACGCCAGUUACACCAACUGCGAGUCGCACAUCUGAGAUUACGAAAUUCAUGGAAAACGAACGUGUUUAUACAGAUAAACGAGUAUUUGAAUUGCCAACGGAUGGCUGGACACUCGCCGAAGCUAUCGAUAGAAAAUUAUUUGAUCCUGCUACAGGUCUUUUUAUAAUUCCAAGUACUGACAGAUUGGUCUCUUUCGAAGAGUGCAUUAAGCUGCAAAUUAUUAAUCCGAGUUCUGGCUUUGUUAUUGAUCCUCACGGAAGAAAAGUGUCCUUGGUGCGAAGCUUGGAGAAGAAUAUUUUGGAUUCCACAGGUCACUACUGUUAUCCGCAAAAGAUCUCGAUGAGAGAAGCGAUUGCGAAUGGAUUGAUCAUAUUGGAAGGCGGGCCGAGUAUGGACUGCGAUAAUACUAAUCAAAGGCUUCUUCAGAUCACGAGGGUUUCAGGUAAGCCCGACAAAGUGGAGUUGACACACUUGGGCGAUCCUUCUCAGCAAAUGGAGAUAAAAACUAGCGACGAAAUGUCUAUGCCAGAUCCAGUGCAAGUAACUCAGGGAGUGAUUUAUGAUCCAGGAACAGCCCUGGUGAUUUCUACGAAAACUGGCAAAUCCGCCAAUCUUUUAACCGCAGUUUCCGAAGGAACAAUACCGCCUGCUGUCGUAAUCGUCAAGGAUCCAACAACGGGUAAAGACAUUAGCAUGACAGAGGCUAUUAAUCGCGGUAUUCUCAAUAUUAACAAACGCGAAUAUAAAAUUGAUGAUAGCAGAAAGAUAUCAUUGGUUGACGCAGCAAAGUUUGGAGUGAUAGCCGUUCUCGGUGCACCUCUUGCAGCGACCGCGGCCGCCAUAGAAGCAGUACAAAGAACGAUGGUCAAAGAUCCAGUAACCGGCAAGAAAGUGCCGAGAGAAGUCGCUAUUGAACGUGGCAUCAUUCCGAUGGACGACAAUGCAAUUUCACCAAUUGAAUCUGCAAGUGGCACACCCGAAGAAAAUGAAAAAAAUAUCGCAAAAUACAUCUUACAUGAUGAACCUGGAAAAAUUUGCGUACCAAAAGAGAAUACUAAGAGUACAACUUUGAUUGAUUCGUCAAUUGACGUUCCGGAUGGCGAGAGUUUGAGCACAAAGACCAGAUCGCGUGUGACUGUCGAACCAAAAUAUCAAGUAACGAUUGGUAAAGCGAGAACGGUAUCACAAAGUCCCGAGCGAGAGGCGAGACCUAUUGUUCUGCAAAAGAUGCCAAAGAGGAUAGUAAAAGUCGAGGAAGCGUUAAAGAGCGGUCUCAUCGACGUAGAAACGGCGAAUACCUUCGCGACGAAAAUGUGCAACGAGAAAGGAGAGCCAAUCACUCUUUCGGAAGCAAUUCGCGAUAACCGAAUAGAUGCCAAUCAGGGACAAAUCGUGGAUUCGCAAAGGGGCGACGUGCUCAGUAUCAAACAGGCUAUCGAUCGCGGAAUUUUGGAUCCAGAGAACGCACACAUAAUGGUACCUUUGGCGAAAAGCUUGUCCGUGCAUAGUUUGUACAGUCAAGGCUUGCUGGAUCCUUUGGAAGGUAAAAUCGUCCACCCAGAAACAGGCGCGCAUCUUAAUCUUAAUGAAGCCAUAGUUUGCGAAAUAGUAGAUCCGCUAUCUAAUGUGAUGUUCACCAUUGAUGGCCGUACAGAAACAUUACAGUCUGCUAUUGCGAACGACACUAUCGAUGCGGAAAAAUCAUUGGUUAAAACACAGGGCGGUAGCGUGAAUCUAGUCAACGCAAUAGAGAACAAAGUGUUCGAGUUGAAGGAACCGGCUAAAUCUUUCAACAUACCGCCGGCGGGAAUGACAUUCCCUGUUGCGCUAAAACGUGGAUUGAUAGACAUCAAUAAGAAAGAAAUACGUCAUCCAAUUACCGGAGAGCAUCUACCAUUGGAGGACGCUAUAAAAGAAGACUUUAUCAUGGCAUUACCGUAUCCAGUUGUCCCUGAUAGUAUCGAAAUAACGAAGGCUUUGGAAUCAGGAUUGAUCGACAGAGACAACGCUGUCUUUUUCCAUCCCACUACAGGAACUCCGAUUCCGAUUGCCGAGGCUGUUGAAUCUGGUUUGCUUAUUAUUAAAUCACCGACUCAUGGUGAAAAUACAGCUAUCACUGAGACGAUUACGUCGUAUCACUCUAUCACGACCAAGACCGUUGAGCUUUUGCCAGGUUAUGCGCUGAAGAGUGCAACGCAAGUACAAGAUAUUAAUACCGGCAAUAUUAUUACCAUCGAAGAGGCUCGACAAAGAGGCAUUAUUAAGGAUGAAUCUGAAACUAAGCAGGAAUUUACGACAAAAGACAUCAAAAUGUCCUUUGAUAACGCGGUGGAGAAAGGACUCGUAGAUAUGAAAAAAGGAAUUUAUACUGAUCCUUGCACUGGUACUACAAUGCCUAUCGCUAAGGCUGUCGAGGAAGGAAUCCUCGAUACUUCAUCUAACAAGAGCGAAUCUGAAACACUCAAGAAAUCGCUUAAUAACAGUUUAACUAUAUUAGAAGCGAUUGAGCAAAUUUAUGACGAAGAAUCUGGGACGUUUAAAGAUCCCGAGACGAAUGAACCGUACAAUUUGACGGAAGCGAUGAAAGUAGGCCUAAUUGAACCUGAUUCCGUGCUUUAUAAUGUUAAAACCAAAGAAUCUAUUACCACUAGAGAAGCAGUCGAAAAAGGUUUGCUCGAUCCCGUCACUGGAAAAAUGAAGACCAUGCGAGAUCAAAAGAAUCGCCCGAUUAGCAUAGCGGAAGCUACGAAAAUGGGUCUCUUGGCAGUCGUAGCCGCACCAGUCUUGGCUGGAAAAGCAGUUGUUGAUGCAAUUUCAAGUCGUAAGUCUAAAGAGACAAAACCGAGUGCAUCUGUACCGAUGAAAUUAUCCGUCUCAGCGAAGGAGGAAUCAAGUCCGCCUGCAACAAUUAUUUCAAGUCAAGUUCAAAUUAAAAAUAAAACAUUAAGUAUGAUGGAAAUGCAGAAACAAGCGCUUUCAGAUACAGGAAUGAUGGGAGAGGUUCAAAUUACAGAAAUAGAAAUGGAGGACGAUAAUCAAUUGAAGAGAAUUACAGAUGAGGAAAUACCGAGACACAUUCCGAUAACCAUUACAAAAGAUUUAACGCCUCAAGUUCUUGCGGAACUCGGAGUUUUCGAUCCUGUAAUAGAGAAAUUUUUAGACCCGGAAACAGGUACUGUCACUUCUUUUAACGAUCUGGUGCUAAAUCUGAACGUUUUUGAUCCUGAUCAAGUACUUGUCAAGGAUCUGUCAUCCAAAACAGACUCGUACGUUAAAUUGCGCGAGGCUAUUAGUCGGCCUCUCGUAGAUAGAAAUAUUGCUUAUAUGGUUGAUCCGAAGACCGGUAAGAAGAUACCAUUUUUCGAGGCGGUUCGCUUGGAAUGGAUUAAAGAAGAGCCGGAGGACGAAACAGAGAGAGAACAAUUCGCAGAAUCUCAAACUCUAGGUUUGCAAGAAGCUAUCGACACCGGCAUGUGUAAUCCUAUCACAGGAACGAUUCGAGAUCCGAAAACAGGAGAAACGUUGUCUAUGAACGAAGCUAUUAACACGGGUCUCAUCGACGCUGAUGUACUCGGCGUGAGAAAUCCGAUUACGGACGAGAUCGUACCGUUUUCUGAGGCACUGGAGACUGGCAUCGUGGAUCUUCGCAAAGAUAUUGUCAUCAAUACAGAAACGAGAACGGAGAUCGAUAUCGCAAGUGCGUUUCUACGAGGUCUAAUUGUGCCCAUUUCUCGCAAACCGAUUUCAUUGGCAGCCAUUAUUAGGCAACGUCAUUAUGAUACUGAGACUGGAAAAAUACAAGAUCCUCUGACUAAACAAUUGAUAGAUGUCGAAGAGGGUGUCCAUAGAAGCGUCGUCGAUGCUUUUAUCACCGAGAUCGUGGAUACGAAAGCCGGCUCGUCUGUUUCAUUGGAUGACGCGUUGACGAUGAACUUGUUGAUUUCAAAUACAGGUCGUUUGCACGACACAAAAGCGGGAGAGCUUUUACCCUUAGAUGUUGCGCUUGAUAAAGGUUUGAUUAUCACAACACCAUUCAUACCUACGCUAAUUGAUGCGAUUGUUAAAGAAUACUAUUCACCGAAAACUGGUUUAGUUUUAAAUCCUAUGACGGGUGAAAAUUUAACGUUGAAAAAUGCAUUGGCCAUCGGUUAUGUUAAUGGUUCCACUACAGUAGUAAAAGAUGAUAGAAAAGAUAACGUUAUUCCUCUCAACGAAGCAGAGGAAAGCAAGUUGAUAGAUUUAGUAAAAGGAACAUUGACCUAUCCGCAUUCUAUGACAUUAGACGUCGCUUUUGAGAAAGGAUACAUUUUAAGUACCGUGAAACCACAUACGCUACAAGAAGCUUUAGCUCUUCAAAUUUACGAUCCAAAAUCCGGCACUUUUAAUAUUGAUGGUAAUAAUUGUACUUUAGAGGAAGCAAUCGACAAAGGUUUUAUUAGCAAGGAUAGUCCGUCCAUUAAAGAUCCAAGAAACAACGAUAUUAUAUCUCUGGGCGAUGCUAUUAAGCUCGGUUUUAUUAAUGCGAAGACUAGUACGGCAGUGGAUCCGUGUACCAGUGCACCUCUUUUAUUAACCGACGCAUUGGAUCGCGGUUUCAUAGUGCCAGCGAAACGAAAAAUAUCUCUACCAGAUGCCGUCUUUAAAGGCUUGUACGAUCCGAAGACCGGACAAUUUACAAUACCUGACACUCAGGAAAAGCUUCCUACUGACCGCGCGAUUAAAAUGGGCGUGAUAGAUACCACAACCGCGAUUGUACGAGAUCCCAACGGUGACGUGAUGACAUUCAAUAAAGCUAUUAAAACGUCCAUAGUUGAUCCUAAGUCCGGUACAGUUAGUCAUGCUCGAGGACCGCCUAUAGAUUUUCAGGAAGCGUUGGAACGUGGUUUGCUUCUCGAAACAAGAAGACCCAUGAGUUUCAGCGAAGCAAUUUCAAAAGGAAUUCUCGAUGAAAAGACUAAUAAAUUUUUAGAUCCACAAACAGGCAUUUAUUUGACAGUAUUAGAAGCUAUUCAAAAGAAUUUAAUAGAUGCUGAUUCGGUUACUGUCAAAGAUACGAGGUCCAGCAUCUGGAAAACAAUGACACUAAUGGAGGCUAUACAAUCGGAUUAUAUGGACGGCACUACUGGUUACCUCAAAGAUCCCAGCAAGGGUAACAGAAACAUAUCUCUGAGGGACGCUUUUGAAUCUGGCCUCAUUGUUGACAAUAGAGCCGCCGUUUCUCUGCAACGUGCCAUUCAUCAAGGAUUAUACGAUGAUAACACAGGCAAAAUUAUUGAUCCCAGUACGGGUAGAGCCGUAACGUUGCAUGAAGCGAUGAGGAAAUGUGUAAUCAGCCCUACGUUACCAUGCUAUUGGGACAAACGUGGCGAACGUUUGUUAUCAUUGGCGGAGACAUGUCGCGCUGGCGUAAUCGACCGGCGUACCGGUAUGUUUAAGGAACCGGGCACCAGUGGUUCGGUCUCAUUAUCGGUCGCAUUGCAGCUCGGUCUUAUCGUCGACAUAGAGAGCAUGGGAUUUGGCCUAUACGAGGCAAUAUUAAUGAACAUGUAUGACGUUUCUUCAGGCAAAUUCGUACAUCCGACCAACAACCGCAAGCUAACACUAGCUGAAGCAUGCCAAGUAGAUCUAAUAAAUCCUCUGACAUCGAUCGUUAAGUGCACCAAGUCUAAUAGAUACAUGCCGUUGGCUGAAGCAAUCUCUUCAGGUAUCGUCGAUGACAUUCGCGGCAUGUAUAUCAUUUGUGAGCUUGACAAGGCAAUUAAUCUACAAGAAGCGGCGAAGAAAGGCUUCAUCGUCACGUCGAAAACGCCUCUUUCGAUCGAGGAGACAGUUAAAUGUCACCUUUAUCGCGGUGAUAGCGGCAAAUUUGCUAAUCCCAUCAUUAACGAGUAUUACGACCUACUUCAGGCGAUUAACUGCGGUCUCAUAGAUCCCGAUACUACCGCCUUGAAAGAUGCGACGACCGGACAGAUUAAACCAAUGUUGACGGGCAUCGAGGAUGGGACGGUCGAUGUGUCUCGGGGAAGAAUAUUAGAUCCCAAAACGACACGGGCUUUUAAUAUUGAUGUAGCUUUAGAAAGAGGCCUAUUAGUCACGAUCGACAAGCCUCUGGCGCAACAAAUAGCACAUAGAUCACCCUUAGAGGCUUCUAAAACCGGAUUUGGUGACAAAAAUGUCAAAGAAUGCACUUUAGAAGAAGCUAUCAACUAUCAAUUGAUUGAUUCGAACACGUCGGUUGUAAGAGAUCCUAGAACCGGUCGAUUCAUAGCGACGGCAAGAGCGAUUGCGGACGGAGUUGUUGAUCCCUCCGUCAGAGGUACGAUUGAAUUGAACAAUGGAAGCAAAAGGGAACCGCGUUUCGUGCGUUUUGGUGACAUUACCGUAUUUGUUAGAGAACCUGUUACUUUUGAAGAGGCAGUCGAGAAAGAGUAUCUGUCGCUGGAAUUAGGCAAAUUCACAGAUCCGAUCUCGAAUGAACAAUUGACUCUCAAGGAGGCGGUCGGUCUCGGUAUCGUAGACUCGGACUCGGCGUUGAUUAAAGACUCGCAAAAGAAGAAACUUGUAAAAUUACCGGAAGCGUUCCGCAAGGGCAUGAUGGACGCGGAGAAGGGCAAUGUGUUGGACACUGCCACGUCUAAGUUAUACAGCUUGUCGAAAGCCCUGGAAACCGGCCUGUUAAUCACCUCGAAGAACGGCAUUUCGUUUAUCGAAGCGCUGCAGUUCGGUCUUUACAAUCCGACCACGGGCGGUUUUUACGAUCCCUUCGUUGUCACUUCCGUGCUAGAUCGUAGGCGCCUCACGCUGGCGGAUACAAUCGAUUCGGGUCUAAUUGAUCCGUCCACCACCGUAAUCAAAGAUCCAUUCACGGGUAAUAUCGCGAGUCUGUUAGAAGCAGUGAGUAGUGGGAAGGUAGAUUCCAUAGGAGGCAGAUUAGUCGAGGACACUGAUGGCAAGAGUAUCGACUUCGUGAGAGCCUUGGAGCGGGGUUAUAUACUCGCCGCUGAAGCCAGGCAAGCGGUGGAGGAGAAAUACAAGCUCUGUGAUGAGACGUUGUCUAAGCUUCUGCAAUGGAUCUCCGAAAUUGAGGAUAAACUGGCGGAUCAAGAUACCGUUAAAGAAGAUGUAGAGCAGUUAAGAAAACAAAUAAUGAUCAUGAAAGAAAUAAAGGAAGAUCUUGAAUCGCACAGUCGACCCGUCUCAUCCUGCCUAGAUCAGAUUCGACAAGUCGUCUUGACCGGCAGCAACGUUUUAUCUAGCGAUGAAGUGUCUACGUUGGAAAAGAACGGUCGAUCUCUAAAGACACGAUUCGACAAAGCAUUAGAUCGCACUGACAAAUUAGUGAAACGUCUCAUUGGUGCCAGAGAUGAAUUAACGAAGUUCAAGAAUGAACUCACGACGUUCUCGAUUUGGUUGGAUAAAGCUAGAAGCGUGCUCGAGGAUAAGGAGCGUUCCUUGACCGAUUUGAACAAGCUCAGCAGUAGCACAGAUACGACUCGUGAUUUUAUAAGCGAUGUCAUCGCUCAUCAAGCAGAUUUGAGAUUUAUUACAAUGGCCGCACAGAAGUUUGUUGAUGAGAGUAAGGAGUAUCUCCAAGUUCUUAAUGACUUUAGGACCAGUUUGCCACAAAGAUUGCCACACAAAGAGCCCACAGCUAGCCAAGAUUCGCCAAUACGUGCCGAAGUAUCCUCUGCGACAGCUCGAUACAAAGAUUUACUAUCCCGAGCAAAUCUUUUGUCUGACAGAUUGUCAGGAGUCGGCGGCAAACAGAGAGAUUAUCAUGAUUCUUUAAAUAAAGCUAAGGCCUGGUUGAGAGAUGUCGAGCCAAAAGUACACAGAGUUAUCUCCGAACCAGUUGCCGCGGAGCCGAAACAAGUAGAGGAUCAAUUAAGCAAAGCCAAGGCAUUGAACAAUGAAUUCCUCGCUAAUGCGCGUCUAAUUGACAAUGCUAAACACAGUCUUGAAGCUCUGUUACAUUCGUUGGAAGGCCAAUUGACGAUCAAUGAGGCUAACGAACUUGAAGAACCCGUGAAAGCAUUAGAAGACAAGUACAAACAACUGUGUAAUGCUUUAGCUGACAAAUGUCAAGAACUUGACACAGCUUUAGUGAGAAGUCAAGGAGUGCAAGAUGCAUUGGACAGUUUGGUUGCAUGGCUGAACAAUGUUGAAAGUCAAUUUAAAUCACUGCAACGUCCGGCAAGUUUGCAAAAGGAACGUUUGGAAGAACAACAAAGAGAACAGCGAUUACUUCAAGCGGACUUGGAUAGUCAUCGUUUGAGCGUAGAAACCAUCACAAGAAAUGCUCAGGAUCUUCUCCUUAAUUCGAGCAACGUUCAUAUUGCCAAACGUAUCGAGAGCAAACUGAAAGAUGUGCAAAGCAGAUUUGAGAAACUGAUGGACAAAUCUUUGAGGCGCGGUGAAUUCUUGGACGAAAUUGCGCAAGCCCUUAACGAGUUCCUUGGAGAUGUAGCCAAGUUCGAGAGUUGGUACGCGCAUAUGAUGGAAAUUCUCGACUCAAGGGAUUUGAACAAGCUCGACAUGUCGGAGUACGAGGCCAAGAUGGCUCAACUGAUAGACAUGCGCGAGGAUCAGCGCGGAAGCUUUGAGGAUCUUAUACGUAACGGAAAGAAUCUAAUCUCCAAGAAGGAUAUAACCGAAGCGGGCACGAUCAGAGAUAAGAUCAAGGCGCUCGAGUCUCAAUGGAAAGAACUGAAUAAUCUGCUUGAUGAGAAACAACGAUUGUGUAAAUCGAGGGCGGAACAACAUACGGCUUAUGAGAAACUGCGAGAUCAAGUAUUCGAUUGGCUUACUCGUACGGAGAACAAGGUGCAAGGGCUCGAGUCAGUCGCCGUAGAUUUGGAAAAAUUGAAAGUACAGCUGGAGGAAUUGAAACCCAUACAGAAGGAAUAUCGCGACUACGGUAACACGGUCGAUAAGAUCAAUGAUCUCGGUAUUGCUUAUGACAGUUUGAUGAAGGAACGCGGCGAAAGUCCAACCCGUCGACGUAGUCCAACGAAGAGACCAGUACUGCGAAUGUCACAAGACGGUCGCUCGCCGUCACCCACUAAAUCCUACGCAGUUCAAAGUCCGGUCUCCCCAGGUGGUAGCAGUGGAUUCAGUAGCCGCCGUUCGAGCCAAGAUGGUUUCCAUCUAGAGGAAUUAUCGCCCGUUCAACAGCAGCUUUCAGAAAUUAAUCAUAGAUACGGAUUACUUGGUGUCAGACUGUCGGACCGCCAAACGGAGUUGGAUAAUAUCAGGGAGGAAUUGAAGAAACAUUUAGACCAUUUGAAAGUACUCUCUCAAUUCUUGGAUAAGAUUCAACGACAGUUGCCUAAAGAAAGUAUGCCUGCAACUAAAGAUGAUGCGGAUAAAACGGCUAAGCAAGUUAAAGCUCUCGUUGAAGAGAUGUACGAGAAACAAUCUCUACUGGACAGUACUCGAACGCAAGUUCGUGAUUUGGUUAGACGUAAGAAAGGAGCGUAUGGUGUAGAUAGAUUGAAUGAUGAGAUGGAAGAUGUUGCCAGUAGAUGGAGAUCGAUUUCUGAUAGAUGUAAAGACCGAAUCAAAUUCUUAGAAGACAUUAAAGACUUCUAUGAUACAUAUGACGGCCUUAACUCUUGGCUUGGUGCUAAAGAGCGUAUGCUGGGCGCUUUGGGACCAAUUUCGGCCGAUCCUCGUAUGGUCGCGAGUCAAGUGCAACAAGUGCAGGUUUUACGAGAAGAGUUUAGAACUCAGCAACCGCAAUUGGAUCAUUUGGUACAAGUUGGAGAAAGUAUCCUUAUCACGAUAUCCAUAGAUUCGAUAGAUGGACAGAAGAUAAAUGCAAAAUUGCAGAACAUCUUACAGAGAUGGGCAGAUCAAAUGGGAAGAUUGGAUGAAAGAGCUCAAAGUUUGGGUGAUGCCGUUGAUACUAGUCGUGAAUUCGAUGCUAGUCUUAAUCGGCUGCGAGACGCUCUACAAGGAAUCUCAGAUAAUUUGGAUGAGUUGAGUUUAGAAAAAGAUCCCGAAGAACAGCUUCGUAAGAUCGAGAAUCUGGAAAGACAACUGGAAGGUCAGAGACCUUUGUUAGCAGAUGUGGAAAUGGCCGGUGCACAGUUGUGCGAGGUUUUGAGUGAUCCAGCGUCAAGAUCCGAAAUUCAAGGAAAACUUGCCACAGUUGGCAAGAUGUACAAUAAUUUACAGAAGAAGUUGGAUCAUAGGAAAGCAGAGAUCGAAGGUAAUCUGCGAGACGGAAGACAAUUUGAGGCCUCCUGCAGCAGAACUUUAGGAUGGCUCGCGGAUGAACUUGGAAACAUGUCUGAAAAGUUGCUAGUGUCUGCUGACAGAGAAAUCUUGCAACAACAACUUGAUCAUCAUGAGCCUGUUUAUCGUAAUGUGAUGGGUAAAGAGCACGAAGUCAUAAUGCUGUUGAACAAAGGACGCGAUAUACUUUCACGAUCUCAGAAAGUUGAAAACCGCUCGCUUCAACGUGAUUUGGACAAGAUGCAGUCACAGUGGGAUCGUUUGAAGAAGGAUACUGUCGAAAGGCACACCCGCUUGCAGACCUGCGCGGAGCAUUGCAAGAAAUACUACAAAGCUCAAGACGUAUUUCUUCCAUGGCUUCGACAAGCUGAGGAUAAGUUGGAUAGUUUGAUUCCUACUUCCUUUAGACGCAAGGACAUCGAGAAGCAACUGAAGGAAUUGUCAUCGUUCAGAAAUGAAGUGUGGAAGCACUCUGGAGAAUACGAAAAUAAUAAGAUGCUAGGCGAGACAUUUGUCGGAGCUUGCGAUAUCGACAAACAAAACGUGAAGAAUGAGCUUAGUGCUAUGAAAACUAGAUGGGAUAAAUUAAACAAUGACUUACUGUCUAGAACACAGUCUUUGGAAGAUACCGCUCGUCAUUUAAUGGACUUCAAUGAGAACUUACGCGAUUUGCAACAUUGUUUACAACGUUGUGAAGAUAAAUUAGCUUCACAUGAUGCUCUCGGCGGAGCGGCCAAAGAUCCAAAACUUCUCGAUAGAAUAAAGAACUUGCGAGAGGAAACAACGAGCUUGAAAAAACCUUUGCAAUGUGUGAGACAACAGGCUAACGAUCUCGUGAAUAAGGCCGGCGAGCAAGGCGUCGAUGCAACCCAUUUACAAGACGAGAUUGACAAUGUUACUGAUCGCAUUAAUGAUCUGCAAGCGAAACUGGAUGACAGAUGCAAUGAAUUGCAAAGUGCAGCGACUGCAGUCGCGCAAUUUAAUGAUCAAGCGAAAUUGAUUAGCCAACAUCUGUCCGCUCUCGAAAAAGAUCUAGAUUCCAUGAAAGCCCCUGGUAGAGAAAUUAAGAUUGUACGAGGACAAUUGGAGGAUACCGCUAAGAUUGUUAGCAGAAUUAAUAAACUCUAUGCAGAUAUUGGCGAUUUGGAGAAUCGUGGCGAACGUUUGGUCGAUUAUGGCUUUGCUGCUGAUGCUGUAGCAACAAGAGAUCAGGUUGGCGGAUUUAAACGACAAAUUGGCAAACUGGAUGAGCGCGCGCGUACCAGAGAAGACGAACUUACUUCCACCUUAAACAAGUUACAAGAGUUUUAUCAAUUGCACGCGGACGUUAUGGAGGGUAUCAAUGACGCAAAUGAACACGUCAGAAGGUUUAAACCCGUUGGAUCUGAAGUAGACUCAAUUAAAGCUCAGCAGGAGGACUUCAGGGCUCUUAAAAUUAAGAAGAUUGAACCAUUGGCGCACGCCGUUGAUGAAUGCAACGCGCUCGGUCAAGGUCUUAUACAAACUGCAGGACGAGAUGUCAAUACUAAUAAUAUCGAAAAAGAUGUUGAUAAAAUGAAUGAAAAGUGGAACGACUUAAAAGACAGGCUGAACGAGCGUGAUCGCAAGUUGGAUGUUGGGUUACUACAAUCGGGCAAGUUCCAAGAGGCGUUGGAUGGUUUAGCGAAAUGGCUGACUGAUACAGAAGAAAUGGUUUCAAAUCAAAAACCACCUUCCUCAGAUUACAAAGUCGUGAAGGCGCAACUGCAAGAGCAAAAAUUCCUGAAGAAGAUGUUACUGGACCGACAAAAUUCUAUGACGUCUUUAUACAACAUGGGAAGAGAGGUAGCUGCCGAUGCGGACCCGAAGGAGCGUAAGGCUAUCGAGAAACAAUUAAAUGAUUUAAUAGGCAGAUUUGAUAACUUGACGGAGAGCGCCGCAGAAAGAAUGGACGCUCUUGAGCAAGCAAUGGCGGUGGCAAAACAAUUCCAAGAUAAAUUAGUACCACUUGCCAUCUGGUUGGAUAAGACGGAGAAAAAAGUGAGGGAUAUGGAGUUAGUUCCUACCGAUGAAGAAAAGAUACAACAGCGUAUCAAGGAGCAUGACAUACUGCAUGAGGACAUUAUAUCGAAGACUCCAGACUUCAGCGAACUCACGGAGAUUGCCAGCCAACUUAUGUCGUUGGUAGGCGAAGAUGAGGCAGCCACGUUGGCAGAUAAGCUUCAAGAUGCGGCAGACAGAUACGCGGCUUUGGUUGAACGAUCCGAGGCUCUCGGUAGCUUAUUACAACGUUCAAGGCAAGGCUUACGUCAUCUUGUUCUUACGUACCAAGAUCUACAGGCUUGGAUGGAGAAUAUGGAAUUCCGAUUGUCAAAAUAUCGCAUCUUGGCUGUACAUACAGAGAAACUCUUACAGCAAAUGGAAGACCUUGCAGAUCUUACAGAAGAAGUAUCCACGCAACAAACAAAAGUUGAUAGUACUGUAGAUUCCGGUCUAGAGUUAAUGAAACACAUCUCGAGCGAUGAAGCGCUUCAACUGAAGGACAAAUUGGAUUCUCUGCAACGACGGUAUAACGAUCUCGUCACGCGCGGUUCGGAUCUUUUGAAACACGCCCAAGAAUCCUUACCACUGGUGCAACAAUUCCAUGAUAAUCACAAUCGUUUGAUGGAUUGGAUGCAAGGCGCAGAGACUGCUUUGCAGUGUGCUGAACCUCGCGAAGAAGAAAUUAUCCGACUCGAGAUGGAUAUAUCAGAAUACAGACCUGUCUUGGACAAGAUUAACGCUGUGGGUCCGCAGCUAUGUCAAAUGUCGCCAGGAGAAGGUGCUGCGACUAUCGAAGGUCUCGUGACUAGGGACAACAGACGAUUCGAUGCGAUUGCCGAACAGAUUCAAAGAAAGGCAGAAAGAAUUCAAUUGAGCAAACAGCGAUCCUUGGAAGUGAUCGGCGAUAUCGACGAUUUGCUCGACUGGUUCAGAGAAGUGGACAAUCAACUUCGAGAGGCUGAGCCACCUAGUAGCGAACCUGAAAUUAUUAGAGUACAAUUGAAAGAACAUAAAGCCCUUAAUGAUGAUAUAUCCAGUCAGAAAGGUAGAGUCCGUGAUGUUAUUUCGACUGCGAAAAAGGUGAUACGUGAGAAUGCUCAGCAUGAAGAUACAUCUACCAUCAGAGACAAGAUGGAGGAUUUACGCGAAACGAUGGAAAUUGUAUCAGCAUUAUCAACUGAUAGAUUAGGAGCUCUUGAACAAGCUCUACCGUUAGCGGAACAUCUUCGCGAUACCCACGCUGGUCUGGUCAGUUGGCUCGAAGAGGCUGAACAACAAGUCGCUAUGUUACCCAUGCCCGCCUUACGACCCGACUUGAUAGCAGCGCAACAAGACAAAAACGAGCUUCUCUUGCAGAGCAUUAAUGAGCAUAAACCUUUAGUUGAAAAACUCAACAAGACCGGUGAGGCACUUAUCAAAUUAUGCAACGAGGAAGAAGGUAUAAAAGUGCAGGACAUCCUGGAUAAUGAUAAUGCUCGCUAUGCUGCACUGAGAGCUGAGCUGAGAGGUCGGCAACAAGCAUUGGAACAAGCACUGCAGGAAUCUUCUCUGUUCUCCGAUAAACUUGAAGGUAUGCUGCGCGCAUUAUCUUCUACCGCUGAUCAGGUGAAUGGCGCCGAACCCAUCAGUGCCCAUCCGCCUCGUUUACGUGACCAGAUGGAAGAGAACGCCGCUUUAGCAGAUGAUCUUGCUCAGAGAGAUGAGGCUUACGCGGCCGUUAAGAAAGCCGCAAACGAUGUGAUUAGCAAGGCUGGCAACAGGGCCGAUCCGGCAGUGAAGGACAUUAAACGCAAACUGGAUAAACUUAACAAAUUAUGGACUGACGUACAGAAAGCUACGACCGAUCGCGGUCGCACCUUGGACGACACUUUGGCUGUCGCCGAGAAAUUCUGGGCUGAAUUGAACGGAGUUAUGGCCACUCUGAGAGAAUUGCAGGAUGCCUUGGCUGGACAGGCACCACCAGCGGCUCAACCAGCUGCUAUUCAACAACAGCAAAUGGCGUUGCAAGAAAUUCGACAAGAGAUCGAUCAGACCAAGCCGGAUGUCGAGCAGGUCCGAACAUCGGGACACGAAUUGAUGGGCUUGUGCGGCGAGCCGGACAAGCCUGAAGUGCGGAAACAUAUCGAAGAUUUGGAUCAGGCUUGGGACAAUGUCACAGCUCUGUAUGCCAGACGCGAGGAGAAUCUGAUUGAUGCCAUGGAGAAAGCGAUGGAAUUUCAUGAGACGCUACAGAACUUAUUGGAGUUUUUACAAGAGGCCGAAGACAGAUUCGCGGACAUGGGCCCUCUUGGCAGUGACAUCGACGAGGUGAAGAAGCAGAUCAAGCAGCUAGCCAACUUCAAGGCCGAGGUGGAUCCGCACAUGGUGAAGGUCGAAGCGUUGAACAGGAGUCUGACAAGGCAAGCGGCCGAAUUAACAGAAAGAACUUCCUCCGAACAAGCGACAGCCAUCAAGGAACCGCUUGGUGCAGUGAACAAACGCUGGGACGGAUUACUGAGAGGCAUGGUGGAGAGGCAGCGAUUAUUGGAGAAUUCGUUAUUGCGACUUGGUCAAUUCCAGCACGCUUUGGACGAACUAUUGGUAUGGAUCGAUAAAACUGAUAAAACGUUGGAUAAUCUCAGACCAGUAGCGGGUGAUCCACAAGUGAUCGAAGUCGAGCUAGCCAAGCUGAAAGUUUUAGUGAAUGAUAUACAAGCUCAUCAGACGAGUGUCGACACUCUGAACGAUGCUGGGCGACAAUUAAUUGAGGAUGGUAAAGGUACUGCGGAAGCGUCUACUACAGCCGACAAACUGGGCACUUUGAAUCGCCGUUGGCGAGAUUUGCUUCAACGUGCUGCUGAUCGCCAACGAGAACUCGAAGAUGCUUUACGAGAAGCUCAAUCCUUUACCGCUGAAAUACAGGACUUGCUGUCGUGGUUGGGCGACGUGGAUAACAUGAUAGUUGCCUCCAAGCCUGUUGGUGGAUUGCCCGAGACCGCAUCCGAACAAUUGGAACGUUUCAUGGAGGUGUACAAUGAACUGGAAAUAAACCGUCCAAAGGUCGAAACAGUACUGCAACAGGGACAAGAAUACUUGAAGAAAGCAGAUUCGACUAGUGCUGGUGGAUUGAAUCACAAUCUGCGAACGUUAAAACAAAAGUGGGAUAAUGUACUUGCGCGCGCCAGCGAUAAGAAGAUAAAGUUGGAAAUUGCCUUGAAGGAGGCCACCGAAUUCCACGACGCGUUACAAGCUUUCGUUGAUUGGUUAACUAACGCCGAAAAGAUUCUAACGAAUCUCAAACCAGUCUCGAGAGUUAUGGAAACCAUACUUCAACAAAUUGAGGAACACAAAGCAUUCCAGAAGGACGUCAGUGUCCAUCGCGAAACUAUGCUGAAUCUCGACAAGAAAGGGACUCAUCUCAAAUAUUUCUCUCAAAAACAAGAUGUGAUUCUUAUAAGAAAUUUGCUUGUGAGCGUGCAACACAGAUGGGAACGAGUAGUUUCCAAAUCGGCCGAAAGGACGAGAGCUUUAGAUCAUGGUUACAAGGAAGCUAGAGAAUUCCACGAUAGCUGGUCGAAUCUGAUGAACUGGUUGGACGAUACUGAAAAGACGUUGGACGAGGUCGCUGCCGACGGACUUGGCGGUAAUGAUCCAGACAGAAUUAAAUCGCGUCUUAAUAGACACCGCGAAGUACAAAAAGCACUAAGUGCUAAGCAAAGCACAUACGAUAACACCAUGAAGAGUGGCAAAAUGUUAAAGGACAAGGCGCCAAAGACCGAUGAACCUGCUUUGAGGGAACUUUUGAACGAGUUAAAGAACAAGUGGACCACGGUUUGCGGUAAAUGUGUGGAUCGACAAAGAAAACUGGAAGAAGCCUUGCUAUUCUCUGGACAAUUCAAGGAUGCUAUUCAGGCGCUACUCGAAUGGUUGAGCAAGACCGAGAAAUAUCUGGCCAACCCUGGACCACUUCAUGGCGAUUUGGACACGGUAACCAAUUUGGUAGAGCAACACAAGACCUUUGAGAGAGAUCUGGAGUCACGCGCCUCACAAAUGGAUUCCGUCAUCAAAACCGGUCGUGAACUAGAAUCUAAAGCUUCUAUCGAAGACGCAUCGAUGAUCAGAUCGCAGUUAUCUGAAUUGAACAGUCUCUGGGACAGAGUGACCAGCCUCUCGAUGAAGAAGUCCAGAUUAUUAGAAGAAGCUCUUAGAGAAGCCGAACGACUUCACAAAGCUGUUCAUGUUUUGCUCGAAUGGUUGAGUGACGCGGAAAUGAAACUACGAUUCGCCGGACCACUACCGGAAGAUGAACAGGACAGCAGGAAUCAAGUAAUGGAGCAUCAGAGAUUCCUCCGCGAGUUACAAACCAAGGAAAUUGAAAAAGACAACACAUUAGAAUUGGCACACAUUAUUCUUGGAAAGGCGCAUCCCGAUGGUGCUGCAGUUAUCAAACACUGGAUCACAAUUAUUCAGUCUAGGUGGGAGGAAGUGGCAACAUGGGCCUAUCAAAGAAACCAAAGACUGGAGAAUCAUAUGCAGGGACUACAGGAUCUUGAUAAUCUUCUCGAGGAAUUAUUAGCCUGGCUCAAUGGAUUGGAGAACACUUUGAAUGCCUUGGAAGCGGAACCCUUGCCCGAUGACAGAGCUACACUCGAAAUGCUCAUCGCAGAUCAUAGAGAGUUCAUGGAAAAUACCAGCCGAAGGCAAAACGAAGUUGAUCGUGUAUGCAAGGCCCGACAAAUUAAGCCGAUAAAGGACACGAGAAAAAUAUCCAAAGUCAGAUCACCAGCGCCUGCUAAGGAUCUCUAUCAGGAUAAUGAGCAUGAGCAGCCUCAGCCUCAUAAACAAAGCCGAGGCAGCCCAGGUCGUGACAGAACGCCAGAUCUUACAUUGCCGCACAUCGGUCCACGCUUUCCACCCAAAGGAAGCAAAGGAGCCGAACCGGAAUUCCGUAGUCCGAGAGUUAAGCUUCUCUGGGAUAAGUGGCGUCACGUUUGGAUGCUGGCGUGGGAACGACAACGUCGUCUGCAGGAUAAAUAUAAUUAUAUUCAAGAGUUGGAUCGUGUUGCUAACUUUAGCUGGGAAGAUUGGCGCAAACGAUUCCUGAAAUUCAUGAAUCACAAGAAGUCCAGACUGACAGAUCUGUUUAGAAAGAUGGAUAAGAAUAAUGAUGGGCUUAUACCGAGGGAGGACUUUAUUCAAGGAAUUAUGAAUACCAAAUUUGAGACUUCUCGUCUGGAAAUGGGUGCUGUUGCUGAUCUUUUCGAUCGUCACGGCGAGGGCUUGAUAGAUUGGAAGGAAUUCAUCGCUGCUCUGCGACCCGACUGGGAAGAACGACGGACCUACAACGAUACAGACAAGAUACACGACGAAGUUAAACGACUGGUCAUGUUAUGUACCUGUCGCCAGAAAUUCCGUGUUUUCCAAGUUGGCGAAGGAAAAUAUAGGUUCGGUGACAGCCAAAAGUUGCGAUUGGUUCGAAUCCUUCGCUCCACCGUCAUGGUACGUGUCGGUGGAGGCUGGGUAGCGUUAGACGAAUUCCUUUUGAAGAACGAUCCAUGUCGCGUUUUUCUAAUGCCAAUACCGGAUCCUAACAAACCGGAACAACAUGAGGGUUGGUGUCCGCUCGCCAAGGGAAGAACGAAUAUCGAGCUGCGGGAACAAUUUAUACUGGCGGACGGUGUUAGCCAGACUAUGACGGCCUUCCGGUCCAAGCCGAGUCCGACCUCGACGCUUCAACGUACGCAAAUGUCCUCCACCAAUGCUGGACCGAUCACCAAGGUGAGAGAACGUAGUGCUCGCAGCGUACCUAUGGGUCAAUCGCGAGCCUCACGCUCAUCCUUGAGUGCCGGCACGCCCGACAGUCUCAGCGACAACGAAAGUUCCUUCAGGAUAUCCGCUAGAAAAACCAGCACUCCUUAUAAAUCUACUUUGACGCCCGGUGGUAGCCGUCCAUCCAGCAGGCCAGCAUCAAGACCUGCUUCCCGACCAGCUAGUAGACCGAGUAGCCGACCUGCGUCGAGACAGGGAAGUAAACCACCUAGUCGAUAUGGAUCAACGCAGUCGUUGGACGACGAUUCUACUCCAAGUCGCAUUCCGCGAAGGACCGUCGUAGGCGGCUCUGGUAAUACUCCGACGUCCAGUAGACACAACAGCAUAUCCGGUAGGAAACUUACAACACCGAUGAAUGGUUCGAGCUCUCGACCUCGCACUCCAACAGGAUUAAUUAGCCCCGCCAGUGGCGUACCUUCCAGGUUUGGCUCAAUCCAUAGAGCUUCGAGCAUUCCAACCCUGACUGGUGUCGGAACACCUAUCAGCCGCUCUAGGAUACCCGUGUAUGUGGGAGUGGAUAUAAAAUCUCCUCAGUCGACCACCAGCAAUAUGUCGACUCAUUCAACACAAAGCAACCAUUCUACAAUUUCUACUGAUUCCACUGGGAUACGUACACCGUCCAGCGGAUCUAGUACACCGCUACCACCAUCUUCGAAGUUAUCGAGAAAACCCUCCGGAGCUUCCGACACGUCUGUGUCGGGAAUGACCUCGAGCACGCGAAAGACAAAACCCACUCCACUUGAUCAGCGCGCGCCGUUCCGAUUGUAAUAGCUUAUUAACGGAUACAAUAUAGCUUGUAAAAUCAGCGUAUUAUACGCUCGAACGAGAAUAAAUAUAAAACAUCCCCGCCGCAAAUUUAAGAAUGACCGCACGUUAUUACAGGGAACAUACGAUAUGGAUUAUUGCUAUCGUAUGACAAACGAGAAGAGUGCGUGGAAUUUAUAAAUGUUAAAUUUGACUGGAUCAAAAUUUCACAGAAGGCAAAUGACGAAUCUAGAAGUUACGAUUUUUAUUCAUUUCGUUGAAUUUCGCAAUGAAGUCCGAAUGCCAUUAAAAUUACGGAUACCAAUGAGUAUUUCGUACUCUCUUAGGGUAAGGAAUUACAAAGUUGGGGAAAUUUAUUUAUUUCGUGCCCGCGUUAGAAAGUGCUUAAAGCGUCUAUCUAGUUUAUAAUAACACAUAACAGUGAAAUAAAUUAUUGUUAUAAAUACCAUAAUCUUGGUAUUACCGAAAGUGCAGGGUAAUGCUGUACAAUUGAAAAUAUUUAGGUGAGAUGUAACAAUAUCUUCGCCGCGACUUUUUCGAUAAGGACAAUAUUACUAAAAAGAUUUUAGCGUAACAAAAAAGAAAACAGCGUUAUAUGUAUUAUAAUUACGCUUACAUUUGAUAUAUAUAACUAGAUGCCUGUGUAAUUACUUUUAUAUAAUUUAAUAUAGUUUGCUCAUUUUGCACGCAUGUUUUUGCGUGAUUUAUACACCGCGUAAGUCAUCGAGGGUUUUCUCGAUAAAAAUUUUUGAGCUAUAUUUGAGCAAAUUGUAUACACGGAGACAUUAAUUUAUUAUUUAAUAUUUUCUGCUUGACUCAUUGUAUUUCGUCAUACGACGUAAUUAACGUCUAACUCGCAUUUGUUAAAAAAGAAAAAUCUUGUAUGCGAUUUUAGAUUAUAAUAUUGUGAAUCGACAUUCUCAUUUUUGUUAUCCGUUUCGCAAAUUGCACCACAUAUAUUCGAUUAAUUAUAUACUUGUAAAAAUCGGAUUUAAAGAAAAUCAAUUUUUAUUUCUUUUAAUUUUUUUUUAUAUUGUAUACCAAUUGGACGAACUUAGAUUUGUGAAACUGUAGAUAUCAAUCGAUUACAAUCUUUAUAAAUCUGCUUAAUAUUUCAAAAAUAUUUUGGUAUAUUUAUGUUAUUGCGAAACGGAAUAUCUCGUUGCUUUGUGGAGAAAUACGACAGUAAUCAAACGUAGUUUAGGGUGCACAAAUUUAAUCCUCGAGCGGUCGUAUUUAAAAAGUGCAAUUUUUUUCAUAGAUAUUAUUUUCAAAAAUGAAAUAAUGUCUAUGAAAUUCUGUUAAAUACAUAUUUCAUACGUCAAAAAAAUUAUAUAAUUGUUUGUCGUCCAUGAAGUUAUAUGUAAAAAGGCUGAAAUCAUCUAUAUAUACGCGCCCGCUCUAAGAUUAACGUGCGAUAUGCUUUUGUUACGUGUUUGCGAAUCGAUUUAUCGAUUAAUGAUCAAUUAAUAAGUAAAUAAUUAUUAUAAUUAUAAUUACAUAAUUAUAUAAAAUAUAUAAUUAUUAAUUAUAAUUGACUAAUGAGAGAUUUAAGAGUUCGGGGGAACAUACCUAACAGCGUUUAAAUAAAAAAAAAAGAGAAAACUAUACGUGUGAAUAGUUAAGUAAAAUAUAUUCCAUUGCGCGCGAAGUGUGGCCUGUUAGGUGACGGGUAGAAAAGAGAAACUUUGAAAAAAAGACAUUUCCAUUUUUUUUACAUAUAUACUUUUAGAUGCGAUUAAUGUAAUGGAGAUGACUCGCUGCCUCUUAUAAAUAUUACGUAAUGCGAUUAAUCUUAUUAACAACUUCUCAACGUAUAAUUUUUGUUUCUUUUUCACUUAUAUCGAGAAGUGCUGUACGAUCCUAAUAAUAAUGAUAAUGAUGGUGAUGAUGAAGAUACACAGUGAUAAAAAGAAAAUAUAACAGACACACGUACACAACAUACAUGAUAUUUUAAUGAGAAACACAUACUCUUGACCCGUUUCACUUCUAUUUUUCAUUUCUAGGCGCUGCGCAUCAUGUAAAGAAAAAAUGUGUAUAUAUAUAUAUAACAUUGGCGCGCGCGUAUAAUCUUUCCUUUCACCUUGAUAUUUUAAUCGAAGUCGUGUGUCACGAUCAGGACACUGAUCCUAUUGUCGCUUGCGUCCUCCUUAUCGAUGCCUAAAUUAAGCAUAGCUUAUUUAGAUACAUAGCCAUUUUGCGAAAGAUAGAAUUUUCUUGAAAUGAUGGAUAAUGGGUGCCAAUUUCACUCCUUUGAUGUUAACUGACAGCCGUAUUGUAUAAUAUAUCAAGCAGAUACAUUUCAGGAAGAAGAAGCGACGCUUUGUGCACGCUGCUCUGAGAAGACUUACCGAGUAUCUCAACCAGACGGUGCGC